AUGAGUCUCACAUAUGGCCUGGGAGGCAUUGGAGGCGCCCUUACCGUGGUGGGAGCUUACAUGCUCUUCACCGGUUCGGGAGAGGCCUUCAACGUUGGCGAAUUCCUCGAAUCGAUCUCACCUUACACAUGGGCGGACAUGGGCAUCGGCAUGUGCAUUGGUCUUUCCGUCGUCGGCGCAGCAUGGGGUAUUUUCAUCACCGGCUCCUCCAUUCUCGGCGCGGGCGUCAAGGCGCCGCGCGUUAGAACCAAGAACUUGAUCUCCAUUAUCUUCUGCGAAGUCGUCGCCAUCUACGGCGUCAUCAUGGCCAUCGUCUUCUCGGCCCAGCUCGAACCGGCCGAGGGCAAGACCCUGCACGACGCCAACAGCUACUACACCGGAUAUGCCCUCUUCUGGUCCGGCAUUACCGUCGGAAUGUGCAACCUGAUCUGCGGUGUCGCUGUCGGCAUCAACGGUAGUGGAGCCGCGCUGGCUGAUGCCGCGGACCCUACGCUCUUCGUCAAGAUCCUCGUCGUCGAGAUUUUCUCCUCCGUCCUCGGUCUUUUCGGUCUCAUCGUCGGCCUCCUGGUGGCUGGCAAGACGAACGGAUUCAAGUCGGAGUAA